ACCGGGGGGAGGGUCAGUCGGUCAGUCGUUCGCCACAACAACAAACAAACAAACGCUUGGCUCAGGCCCGGAGGCCUCUGACAGCCUCGGGAUCGGCGCUUGACUGCCCCCCACACACCCCCACACACACACCCCCACACAGGCGACAAUGAGUUGGUUCAACGCCUCGCACCUGUCGAGCUUCGCCAAACAGGCGCUGUCACAGGCCCAGAAAUCCAUCGACCGGGUCCUGGACAUCCAGGAGGACGAGGGGGACUCGUGGGCCCACAGCAUAACGCCGGGGUAUGAGGAAGCAUUACUAGUCAAGAGUUCCUCCAUCAGCGGAGGAUGGGUUUCCACCCAGUGGGGAACCCCUAUAGAGAACAGCCCCAAUCCCUGUUCUGAAGAUUCACUAAAAGCCAUCACCACACCAGUUACACGAACUGUGGUGGAUGAAUCAGAGAACUUCUUCAGUGCCUUUCUAUUAUCUGCUGACAUCCAAACUCUUCAGAAUACUCCAGUGGUCUCUAAACCUCCAGCCAAGUCACAGCUGCCCAAAGAGGUAAAAGGCACAUUGACUGCAAAGCCCAGUGAAUCCAUUGAAUUAAGUGUACCAGAAAAGCCAUACUCAGAAGAUGAGAGCUCAGAGGCACUUGAAAUAGAUGACAUUGAGUUAAAAGAGUCCAAUGACCUCAUUGUUAGCCAGUUGCCAAGCGUAACCUCAGAAAGCUCAGAAUCUUGUACAAGUAAAAAGGAGGUGAGGAACAAGGAGGAUGAAAAACUAGGUGAAGCAACAGAAAAUGAGUCUGACAGUUUGGCUUCUGGUACAUUAGCUGAUUCUACGGGAGAAAAAAUGACUGAUAACACUGAAAAAAAUGAACAUUCAGAGAGCUUGCCUGACAGCCCAUCAAAACCCAGCACCCCUCCUGUAGUUUUGGAGGGAAAAGAGCCCAAAUCAGAGGACAGGCAAAGUAACACUCCCUCUCCCCCCAUCAGUACAUUUUCCUCUGGAACCUCAACAACCAGUGACAUUGAGGUGCUGGAUCACGAGAGUGUGCUUAGUGAAAGCUCAGCAAGUUCUAGACAGGAGGCUGCGGAUUCGAAAGCCAGCCUGCACCUUAUGCAGACAUCUUUUCAGUUAUUAUCAACCUCUGCCUGCAAUGACUAUCAGCGCCUUGACGAGUAUCAGAAACUUACUGAAAGCUCCAGCUCUUCGGAUGCUUUUGAGAGAAUCGAUGCCUUCAGCGUGCAGUCUUUGGACAGCCGGAGUGUGAGUGAAAUUAAUUCGGACGAUGACAUGCCCGGCCGGGGCUGUAACCUGGCAUCAGGGUCUGGAGGACAGUCUGCUUCUAAUUCAGAACCAACUGAGCAGCCAGUGGGCGAUGUGGAAGAGAGCACAAAUGAGAUGCUGAAAGAGAUCGUAUUUGAUGAAACAGAAACGGAAAUGGAGGAGAGUGGACGAAGCGCAACUCCAGUUAACAGUGAGCAGCCCGAGGUCUUGCUUGUACCUGUUCUAACAGUGAAUGAAAACCAAAAUACGGAAGCUGAAAUAAUCGACGAGCCGCCAUCAGCAAUUGCGGAAGUUGAAUGCCAGACAAAUGGCCAAUUUGAGAAGCUUCAAUUGCAAAAGAUAAUUGAUGAACUGACAGAAAAGCUGGAAAAGCGAGAGAUUCAACUUUUGGCUGUUAGCAAGGAUAAAGCUGGAUUGGAGGAGACGAUUGAUAAUCUGAAAGACGAGAUGAUUGGAUUGAAGGAAGAAACCAACGGCAUCUCCCCCAUAAAAGAGGAAUUCACCAAUCGUAUUGCAGAAUCGGAAAAGAAGGCCCAGGUUGCUUGCAAGGAGAGGGACAAUGUUAAAAAGGAAUUAAAGAUUUUGAGGGCAGAGCUGGCUACUCGGCUGAACUCCAAUGAAACAGCAGAGCUUAUGCGAGAGAAAGAUGACCAGAUCAAUGCAUUAAUGGAAGAAGGCGAGAAACUUUCGAAACAGCAGCUGCAGAAUUCAAACAAUAUAAAGAAAAUGAGGGCUAAGGAGAAAGACAACGAGAGUCUGAUCACAAAACAAAGUAAAAAGAUCAAGGAGCUGGAGGAAGAAGUUCAGCAUUUGCAACAGGUGCUUGACGGGAAAGAGGAUAUAGAGAAACAGCAUCGGGAGAACAUCAAGAAGCUGAAUGCGGUGGUUGAAAGACAGGAGAAAGAGAAUAGCAACUUAGAAAUAAACUUUGAUGAACUAAAGGAAAAGAAUCGCAGCCUUCAGUCUGCACUUGACAGUUCCUACAAAGAGCUAGCUGAGCUGCACAGGGCUAAUGCAGCUAAAGACAGUGAAGCCCAGGAGGCAGCUUUAAGUCAUGAGAUGAAAACCAAGGAAGCACUUUCUCUGGGAUUGGAGCGAGCCCAGGAGGAGGCUAGGCAGCAACAAGAAGCACUUGCAGUUCAGGUGGCAGAUCUUAGAUUGGCUCUUCAACGGGCUGAACAACAGCAAGGAAGGAAAGAGGAUUAUUUACGUCAGGAAAUUGGUGAAUUACAGCAGAGGCUUCAGGAAGCAGAUAAUCGGAACCAGGAGCUGAGCCAAAGCGUCACCUCUGCAAGCAAGCCUCUGCUCCGGCAGAUAGAAAAUCUUCAAGCCACCUUUGUGGCACAGUCAUUGUCCUGGGAAAAACUAGAAAAGAAUCUGUCUGACAGACUAGCGGACAGUCAAACCCAGCUGGCUUCUGCUAUGGAGAAAGAGCGAUCGGUCACAGAAGAGCUGCUUCUUAUCAGAACUCAAAUCUCCUCCUUGGAGUCACAGAACAGCUUAAUACGCCAGGAUAAGAGCAGGUUGCAGGCUCACUUGGAGGCAGAGAGAGUCCGUCUUGAAAAAACUGAAGAUGAAAGCAACAGGCACUAUGUAGAGUUUGAAAAUCUCAAAGCUGAAUACACUAAGGCACUUGAAGACGCAAAGAGAGAAAAGACACUGUUGACAAAUCAGUUGGAAAUGGAGAAGUUGAAAGCUGAACAUGAAAGAAAAAAAGCAACUCUUGCACAAGAGACAUUAAAAGAGAAGGAGCGGAAAUUGUUCAGCAACCAGGUGAUGGAACCAGCAUUAAACACUCCAACGCUCUCUCGAUCCAGCUCUGUCAGUGGGGCUGAGAUGGCUUCCUUGCAGGCUUCCAUUCAUUCGCAGGAGGAUUUGUUUGAGCAUUCGUUUGGAUCGAUGACCACUUCAGCUAAUGGGACCAACCUGUAUGAGGCACUGAGAAUGGGGGCAGGAUCCAGUGUCUUUGAGAAUCUGCAGUCACAACUGAAGCAAAGGGAAGGAGAAAUUGCACAGUUGCAGCUUGAAAUCUCUAGCCUAGAAAAGACCCGAGCUAUCAUGGCUGAGGAACUCGUCAAGUUAACAACACAGAAUGAUGAACUACAGGAGAAAGUAAAUGAAAUCCCUAUACUACGUGAACAGCUUAAGGAUAUCGAUCAGCGAUACAACACAAUCCUGCAGAUGUAUGGUGAGAAAGCUGAGGAAGCCGAGGAACUCCGACUGGACCUCGAAGAUGUUAAAAACAUGUACAAGGCUCAAAUCGACGAACUGUUAAAGCAACGACCACACUGAAUUUAAAACGCCUUGACUUUUUCUUCAAGGCUCCCGUUGUUAAUGUGAAAUCCCAAACUGCUGACAAAUACUGUAUAUAUGCCCUGUCCUCUUUAAUCAUAUACGGGGGUGUUCCCUGUUAUCACGUCCCAACAAUAUAAUGCUGCCUCGCUCGUAUGGCGGGUAGGUCAUGUGAUGGAGGCUGACAUUUUGUGGUGUCAAAGUAGGAAAAACGUGUUAUUGCAAGGAUUUGGUUGGUUAACUAAGGUUAGUUGCGCAUGGCAAGAGCAGUGCAUUUCGCCGUGUGAGAGCUGCCGGCCGGCUUUGUGCACCCAUGCGCAGCUCACACAGGUGAUUUGGCUGGUGACGUUGAUAAUCCAUCUGCGACUAUUUAGCUUAUGACGUGGGUUGGAAUCCCCGAGAUCCCAACAGCCUGGUGACAGCGGGGUUCCCCUGUGUUGUUGCCUUAAAGGAAAAACUGUACAGUGUGACAUUAAUCUUCCUGCGUAGGAGAAGAUGCUAAAGGUGUAAAUGGUAAAAGUACAUAUUCUUGGUAAAGUGGCCUGUACAAUUCAUGUGCAAUAUUAUAAGUAUAUCUAAUUUACAUCUCUCUUAAGGAUGCAAAGUUAGCUUUGGGAACAUGCAAUUUCUUGGCAAAAUGAUAUGUAUUUCUGAAUACAAGACAGACCAGUUUUGUUUCAGUUACCUGAGGUGUAAGCUUUUAAAUUAUACAAAGUAUAGUUCCAGCAGAUUAAAUAUUCAGAAAUUGUGUGGUUUUUCUGAUAAAUGCUUCACACUAGCAAGGCAGAAUGAAAUUUAAACCUAAGAGGUUAUAUUAUUUUAUUCAAUGUUCUUAUAGUCACAAAAAUUUAAAAUACAAAAAUUGCAGAAUUAUUCAAUAUGAGCAGUUUAAAAUAAAUGAAAUAAAAGUGCUGUAUAUAAAAAUGCAACAAUUGCUGCUGAUUAUUGUCUAAAGCAAAAACCUGCAUAUUGACCUACCUUUUCUAAUAAGUUUAGUUGCAAUCAUUUAAAUAUAUAGUUUCAAAGGGUUUAAUGGUAGAAUCUACUAUUUUGAACGAGCACAUUGUACAUUUAAUAACUCUUUCCUGGUGCUAUAUUCUGUCUGUUUAAUUUAAAAGUGCUUUAUUUAAACUAACUUUCUAUAACUUCAGUUCAUGUUCUGUGCUAUUGUUCUAACUAAAUUUAAAAUAUAAAUAGUUUGUGUACAUUGAUGGAAUCUGGGAUAUAAUAAAGCCUCUUAACUGAU